GGAGGAGACAAGCAAUCAAACCCAGCAAGCAACAUAGAAAAUGUGCAACGAGCGGUAGUCCUUAUCCCUCUACGUCAAUCGCAGGGAAAACAAUCUCAAGUCAGACAAGAACACUCCAACACACAAGACACAUACAUAUAUUCUCCCUCGCUCUCAAACCCUUUUCCACUCACGAAGAGCAGAGCUGUUGCUAGAGCUGGUCGUCUUCCUCUUCCUCUUCCUCCUCCUGCCUCGAUCUGACGAGAGCUCAGCCUUGCCUUAGUCUCGCCAUCGCAGAAGGCAGAAGCACUAGUUCCUGACAGCCACAACCAACCAAAGGCCAAGCUACCGUGAGGCGAGGGAAAGGGAAGAAAGAUCACAUAUCGCCUAUUCGCCUACCUCUGCGUGCAUCAGAAGAUGAUCCCCUUCAUAAAGAUGAAACAUUCCCAUUCCCUCCACUAGAAGCUCCGGGAGGACGCAGCAAGCUCACCGAAGCCAGCAACCGAUGGAUCAGAGGCGCGUCACAGCGAGGUUCGGCAGCAAGACGAGCUCGGAGCGGAGGAUGCUGCGGCGCGUGAGGCUCCCCUUCUGGUCCUGCCCUCCAAACCGGCCUCCAGGCACCUGAGCGCCUCGAAUCCUCGAUAGAACAGCUGGUCUCGUGCUCCCCUCCCCCCUGUCUCUCUACUCUGACUUUCUUUCUUUCUUUCUCCGCUCCGCUCCCCGUGCCCCUCCUGCUCCUUGGACCCUGCCUGUUCUGUCAGUCAGUCUCCCUCCCUAGAACGGCAUGGCUCUGCGUUUUGUGUGAUCUCGUCGCGAGCCUGUCCGCCGGUGCCGGUGCCUCAAUCCCCUUGGGAGAAGCAAGGGCUCCUGUCUGGUCCGUGUUCUUGGGAACCAGGGCCUUGGUACUGCUGCUGCCGCGUGCUUCACUGCUUCCUCGCUGCCUCCGAUCCUCUCGUCUCGUGUGUGAAAGAAACAUUCCGGAGGCGCGUGUUCUUGGCCCGUUGUGCCUGCAACUUGCUGGAUGCAAGAGCUGCCCUGUCCCUGCCCCGAGCCCCUGUUUCCAUCGGAAAAGGCAACAGCUCUUGCCUGCUUGGCACCUGCCGAGUAAUUCGUUAUAUAUACAGUGCUCCCACGAGGCCACGAAGCACUAGUUGGCAGCUGCUGCGCUGUUAUGUUCUUGUGCCUCGUGGAUCGUCGCCGUCGGCCUCGAAGCUUUCCACGACGAAAUGGACGACAUAGGCUCCGUCCCCUUCGCCGACGCCGGGCUCCUCGACGGGUUCUACGGCGGUAGCCAUGGACAUGGUGGUGACUACGGGCUGCUUGCUAGCCAGCUGGGAGCGGGAGCGGGAGCGUCGUCGACGUCGCCUGCCAUCUUGGACGGCAGCGUGCCGCUGGUCGACGCCGCGGCCUCCGCGGAGGAGGCGACGAGGAGGAAGGGAGACCACCUCCAGGACGACAAGGCGGCGAUGGCGCUCAAGAGCCACAGCGAGGCGGAGCGGCGCCGGAGGGAGAGGAUCAACGCGCACCUCGCCACGCUCCGGACCAUGGUGCCCUGCUCCGACAAGAUGGACAAGGCCGCGGUGUUGGCUGAGGUGAUAACCCACGUGAAGAAGCUCAAGUCCACCGCGGCGCACAUCCGAGACCGCUGCGCCGCCGUCCCGGCCGACGCGGACGACGUCGUCGUCGAGCUGGUCCAUGGCGGCGCGGCGCCGCCGUCGGCCGGAGGCGGCGUCCUCGUCAGGGCGACGCUCAGCUGCGACGACGGCGCAGACGUGUUCGCGGACGUCAGGCACGCGCUGCGGCCGCUGCGGCUCAGCGUCGUCGGCUCCGAGGUCACCACGCUGGGCGGCCGCGUCCGCUUCACCUUCCUCAUCACAUCGUCGACGUGCGGCGACGUGGGCGCCGUCGUCGUCGACUCGGUGCGCCAGGCGCUCCAGUCCGUCCUCGACAGGGCCAACUCUGCGCUGGAGUUCGCGCCGAGGGCGUCGCUUCUCAACAAGCGCAGGAGGGUGUCCACGUUCGAGUCCUCCAGCUCCUCUUCUGCUUGACGCCGAUCAGAUGAUUGAUUCAGAGAAGACGAAGACGAAGACGUACGUGCAAGCAACAUGCAUCAUGUACCUUUGUUAUACUGUGUCAUGUGUUGCUGCUGCAAACGGCAGACCCUAUGUAUCAAAAAAAAAAAGAACCUGUACACAUAUACGGAGGCAUCGAGGGGUGUCUACGUAGGAAUAGGAUUGCAGGAACAGUAACAUAAUCCAACGGUGGUCUCUAUAUACUGUGGCCUGGCCUCCACCUCCACAGCUCCACUCCACGAGAGACUGACGACACUACAGAUAAGCUCUAUAGUAGCGGUCGUAAAACUAUUUACAGUGGUGUUUUUCGUAACCGCCA